CAUCGUGAACAUUUUCAAUAUAGUUUAACCUAUGAUAACUUUAGCUAACGAUAAGAAAAGUUUAAGUCGAAAGUUUAUGAAAGAACUACAUAAAAAACUUGCAAAGAUGAUUUAGGCACGUGAAAAAAGUCGUCUAUGUUAGUAUGAGUUUAUGAAUUUCAUCUAUUUACGACGUAAGAGCAAUAUUCUUUUUUCAUUUUCAACGUUUUCUAUAAAUGUGAACGCAGUGAGAGAUUUUCCAACAUGCACAACUUGCAAAGUGGUGAUGUCGUGAUUAAGGAUGGCAAAAAUAAUCCAUAUGGAGACGAAUGUAUAGACUUUUCUUGUGUGGAACUCAUCAAAGAAGAGUUAAAAGAAUCAUCAGAAAACAUUGCAAGGAGUUCUGAUAUGAACGAUAUAUACAGUAGUGAACAUCUAACUGAAAUGAGAACGUUUAUAGAUUUAAGUUCCGUUAAACAACCAUUAAAUAUAGCAGCCCCUGCAAUUGGAAGUUUACCAAAAGGAGAUAGUAUCUCCUGUCUACAAGACAAUUCCAGUGACGAAGAAAGCAGUUUAUUUUUUAGCGAUACCUUAACAGUCCAAAAGGAUAGUACUACAUAUGUUCCUUGCCAAAGUCACACUUUAAACACACCACCAGAACAAAGCACUAGUGCAAACUCACAAAGGAUGCCCCUGCACCAAGAUAAAGAUGGAGACACCAUUCUACACAUUCUUGUGGCGAAGAAAGAUGAAGAAAGAACUCUGCAGUGCAUCCCAAAAUGCACCUCGGGACGGAAAGGAAUCGACGCUGUUAAUAACACGGGCCAGACGGCGUUGCAUUUAGCGUUGUACCAAGAAAUGCUAGAUGUUACAAAAUGUCUUCUCAAACAUAGCGCUCAAACAUGUAUUUUUGACUGUUCUGGAAACAUCCCAAUACACAUUGCGUGUGAGAAAAAUAGAGAAGAAUUUGUUAAAGCGUUAUUAAGGUAUACUACCGAUAGAAAAUCAAGAAAAGAUAUGGUUAAUAUAAAAAACUCUGCGGGCUUGGCUCCGAUUCAUAUUGCAACAAUCAAAGGAAAUAUAUUAAUUUUAAAAAUCUUAUUUAAAAAUGGUGCUGACGUAAACAUACAAGAAUGUCGAUCAGGAAAAACCAGUUUAGUGAUAGCAUUAGAAAAGUCUAACAAAACCAUUGCAAAGAUGUUCAUACACGACUUCUCUGCUGAUGUCAACAUUCCUACUUUUUCGGGUUUCUUUCCACUUCACUACGCAUGCGUAGAAAACAAUAUAGAAAUGGUUACAAGUCUUUUAGAAGCUGGAUCCACUGUAGGGAAUAAAACAGUUGAGCUAAAAUCUGAAAAAGAUUUAGCGACAACGCCUGAGUUAAAAAAUAUACUAGAAAGCGCAUACCGAAGGAAGAGAAGGAAGAGACAUGGUUCGCAACCCUUCUGAUUAAUUCACCAAACCCAUCGAGUAUCUUACAACAAUGGAUGAAAUUUAGAAAUAAAAUUAUAAAUUACACUUGGAUAGCGCCCUCUAAAUAUAUUGAAGUUAACUAAUUUUAACUUAAUUUUAAAUUUUUUAUUAUUGUUUUUUCUUAUUAUUUAUUAUUAUUUACCUGGGAUUUAUCCGUUGUUUCUCGCAGCUACCAUUUUUGGAACACAGUGUGAAAAAAUACUUACUUACACAAACAAAAACCAUUAAAUAUAUGAUGAGUCAAUAGACACAGAUUUUCAGAAGUAUCAAUAACCACUCUGUAGAAAAACAUUAUUUUUUAAUUUUCAUUUUUCUUAUAUAUCUAUUUUCUUAAACAUAAUCUUGAUCUUAUUGACGGAAAAUUGCCUGUACUAACCCAACACCCACAUCAGCCUUCUAAUCUUCAUAUAAAUGUCUACCCGAAUUGUCGUUCCAUUUUUAUGUUACGUUGAAUUAUAUGUUAGGAAUCCAAAAUUUGUUUGUAACAGCCAUCAAAAUCGCUAUUUUGUUUUUGUAUUCAUUAAAUUUUAUGGUAACGCGCUACAUGCGUUUUAAACCAAUUACAGCAGUAAAUAACUGAUAAAAAAAGAAAUUAACCCAGGGCGCUCAUUCAAAGAGAUGCAAUUUUCAGAACUUUGGUGAAACAAUAUAUAUAUGAUGGCGUAUUCUUUAAACUUCAUAAAUAAAAAAGAUUGAUGAAAUUUUUACUGGUGAAUAUAAGUGAAUAAAACUACAAAAAAUAUUUUUAAUACAAAAGAAGUAAAAGAGUUGGAAUUAGUUUUUAAUAACCCUCGAUGGAAUUAAUAUUUGCAAAUUUCGCGAAUUUUUCUCAAUUUCGCGAAACUUAAUUAACGUCAAAAUUACUUCGAAGCUCGAAAAUUGAACUUAGGUUAUUUCGUUAAAUCGUAUGCUCUGACGUCAAUUAAUUCGUUGUAUGGACGUGCUAGAAAAUGCCACUAGCAAGCAUCAAACACUUUAUGCUUGGCCUACGUGUGUGCAAAAGUAUCGCCGUUGCAACCUGCCGAGUGUAUAGCAUUGACUUUUUGUUACUUUUAUCCAUAUUUAAGAUAUGAAAAAAACUACUUUUGUCUUAAUAUUUUUGUCCGAAAUUGUCAAUUACUCAUCAAUACUUUCAGGUUAAACGUUAUUUUUUUUAUUACUAACACGGGAAAUUCCCUACGUUUUUUAUUGUUUAUUUUUCAUAAUAGUUUUAUACAUUCCAGAUGAAUGUAGAUAAAUAUAUUUUAUCUCUUUUCA